GGGGUUAGGGAAGGCUACAGAAAAUGGAUGCUCUACGACUCCAGUUCCAGUUCUCAGGGAAACUGCUUCAGAGCUCUUCGAAAAGAUGCUCCUCAAGUUCCAAGCAAAGUGUUUGCCGAUUGGGUGCUGUAGAACUCGAAGACUGCGCUCUCAAAGUAGCUCAAUUUGAUGGUGGCAAGCCGGUGGAAGAGUCUUUGACAGCACCCAGUUCCUGGUACUGGAGUUCUUCGCUCGCGUCACUCGAGAUGGAGUGCAUCUUUGGAAGAGGUUGGCAUGCCGCAGGUUAUGUCGAGCAGCUGGAAAACCCGAGGCAGUUCUUCACUGGAAGCCUCGGGCGAGUGAGAUACGUUGUUUGCAGAGACGAGCAAGGUCAGCUUCAUGCAUUUCACAAUGUCUGUAGGCAUCAUGCUGCGCCUGUUGCUUCUGGCUCUGGAUGUACGCCUUCGUUUUCAUGUCCUUAUCAUGGAUGGACCUACGGCCUCGAUGGUAAUCUUCUAAAGGCCACUCGUAUUACAGGCAUUAAGAACUUCAAUCCACGGGAAAAUGGCUUGGUUCCCAUCCAAGUGGCUGCAUGGGGGCCUUUUGUGCUCAUUAAUCUCGAUGCUCAAGCAAAUCAGGAACUUGUAGCGGUCGAGUGGCUUGGAUCCUCUUCUGAUUUGCUAGUUGCGGCCGGUAUUGAUAGAUCCUUACGACAUGUUGCACGGAGAGACUACGUUAUCGACUGCAACUGGAAAGUAUAUUGUGAUAACUAUCUGGAUGGUGGAUAUCACGUACCUUUUGCACAUCCGGGGCUGGCAAAGGGAUUGGAUCUCGCAUCGUAUAAAACUGUGCUUUAUGAAACUGUGAGCAUCCAAAGCUGCAGGUCCAAGAACACUGGAGAGGAAAGACUUGGAGAGCGCGCUACGUAUGCUUUCGUGUAUCCAAAUUUCAUGAUCAACAGGUAUGGGCCAUGGAUGGACACCAACCUGGUUCUUCCAAUCGCUCCAAACAAGUGUCAGGUUGUGUUUGACUACUACCUGGAGCCACAGUUCUGCCAGGACAAAGAAUUCAUCGCUAGCAGUCUCGAGGAAAGCGAUCAAGUCCAGAGAGAAGACGUAACUCUAUGUCAGAGUGUCCAGCAAGGUCUCGAGUCCUUGUCGUAUGACGCGGGACGUUACGCACCCAAAGUGGAAGAGGCGAUGCACCACUUCCACUGCCGCCUCCACAACGAUCUUCUCCUGGGAAUCAAACGCGCAAAAAUUCCUAGUGUUGAGCGCUCGUGUCGAAGAGAAGUUUGAGCACGGAUCCAAGAUUCUUUUAAGUGACGCUAACAGGAAUCGAGCUCCGUGUCAAAUUCCACUACCACGUGUGCGAUAAAUAUCUUGUAAGACCUUUCCAUUUGGCGUAAUGAGAAAAAACUUUGUUGGUAGCG